AUGCCAGUGGCACAUUCCCAUCAUGCGAUCAAUGGCGCCAAGCCCGAUCACCCGGAGACUCCGGUUCGACCUGUUCCCGUCACUCGAUCUCCUGAUCGGCCGGGUCAUCCUCCGUCAGGAUCAUCUAUCAAGCCGGUCACACCUGCUCGUCCCACCCAAGCCCCAGUUGUUCCCCCAACCGGGCAUCCACCUGUCUCUUCCAUCUUUGCCAAUACCCAUGUAACUUCUACCGAAUCUGCCCGUGGCGAAACAUCCCAACCCACUCCGUCGGGUCCUAGUUCCACGUCCGUAUCGGGAUCCGGUUCUAUGCUGGGCAUGCUGAAGGGUGGUGCGGGAAAUCUGUUUCGAAACCUACGGGACGCCUCAACCAAAGUGAUCGAACAGGUUUCCGCGUAUGUUAUGUUGUAUGGUUAG